UUGCGGAACUGGGUGUCAGCGUUCUUUCUGCGGCUGCAGCAGCUAGGAUUUGAAACCAAAAUUAUACGUUAACAGCCAUACAUUUAACCUUGUAUACAAUAAUAACCUCUUGAAUGUAUUGGAGAUGUCUGCGACUGAUUGGUACGCGCACAAGUCGCUGGAAAAUGGCGUGUUUUGGAUCCAGGAGCGGUUUUAUGAAUCGGGGAACAGAGCGAAUAUCUGGCUCAUACGCGGGUCCCAUCAGGACGUCAUUAUAGAUACUGGACUGGGUUUACGGAGUCUGCCUGAAUACAUCAGUAGUAAAGGGUUGCUAGGGGACGAUUCGAAGCGUAAGAACCCGCUGUUGGCCAUUGGCACGCAUGUGCAUUUUGAUCAUUCGGGUGGGCUGCAUCAGUUUCAACAGGUGGGCGUGCACAAGGCGGAGGUGGAUGCUUUGGCUAACGGUGACAACUUUGAGACCGUGACAUGGUUAUCUGAUCGAGAGAUCGUGGAGAAUCCAGCGCCUGGAUGGCGAGCAAGACAGUACAGAGUGAAGGCUGUAACGCCAACACAUAUAUUACAAGAAGGUGACGUUAUCAACCUUGGCGACCGUCAGCUUACUGUUCUUCACAUGCCAGGCCAUUCCAGAGGCAGCAUUUGUCUCCAUGACAAGGAGAGCAAAAUGCUGUUUAGUGGAGACGUGGUGUAUGAUGGUUCCAUGAUCGAUUGGCUUCCCUACAGCCGGAUCAGCGACUACAUCCGUAGCUGCGAAAGGCUGGUUGAGAUGGUUGAUAAAGAGGAGAUUGACCAGGUCAUGCCUGGCCAUUAUAACACUUUCGGGAGCAAGCGGCUACACCGGUUAGCCUCCAACUACAUCGCUAGUGCCGGCGCCUGCCACAGAGCCUCCACCUGCGUGGUGAAGUCCAUUGCCAGCCUGGCACUUCGAGCCUCCAACUCAAGAAGUGCCUGCUAGUAGUUAUGAUAAAGACUACUAUGCAACAACAUAUGUCAUUGCAGACCUCACUAUUGAGCACACUGAAAACACUGAGCAAUACAGUGUGCUAAUGAUAUACAGUAUACAGUUUGAUAGUACUAUUUAUGUUCAUGGUUAAAAAAAAAUGCUGCACAAUAUCCAUCAAAGCAUCAAGAAGAUCAGUAGACAUUGUCACAUUUUAAAGGUGCUGUUUGUAAUUUUCAACGCUGAUGCGUAGAGGUAUCUGUAGAAAUAUGAAAAAACACUAGAUUGUUGAGCAGCCCAAUAUAGCAAGGUUGUUUUUUUGUUUUUCCUUCCCCAAACCCAGCACCACAGCCCAUUUCAUUAGUCAACUCAAUCACACAGUUACCUAUGAGGAAAAGGUUAGAGUUUACUGGUUCAUUAGAGUUAUGAAAAAUAAUGGAUUGAUCCAUUUGCGACGAAUGGUAAUGCCGUCUAUCAGAAUGUGCUAUCAGUGUUACCACCUUAUUUUACAGCGCAAAGAUAAGCUAUUUCCUGUGAAGGUGCGAGGUUUUUAAUUCAUUAGCUGCUAUAUAAUAGCAAAGUACAGUAAUCAGUAAAACUAUUUGAGCUCUAAACCAGUAUGUUUGAUAUAAAAUAAUUCAAAUAAUACUUGUUUGCAGUAUCAGUGCCUAGUUUGCAGUGUCAAGCAGAAUCUAAAAUAAAUAUAAGCGGCUGACACUGGAAGCCCUUCACAUUAAGAUAGACAUGGCCACACUCACUCUUAAAAAUAAGGUUAAUACUAAGGUUAAGAUUAGGGUUAUGGGUUAGCAUUUGUUUCAGCAUUGUAGUCAAUUAGCACUUUGAUUGACAUGACCAAUGAAUUGCCUGUGUCCUGUGUUAUUUUAGUAUUAUAGAGAUACUAUUAUUAGUUAGUAUUAGUAGAUAGUAUUAUUAGUUUUUAUUGUAGGUAUUAUAUAUUUAGUUGUAGUUUGGGAGUAAGAGUUUUAAUGUUGUUUAUUUUUUUUUAUUUUUUUUUUAAGGAAGUCUCUUAUGCUCAUCAAAUUUCCAUUUAUUUGAUCAAAAAUACAGAAAAAGUUAUAUUCUGAAAUAUUAUUGCAAUUUAAAAUAAGUCUUCUAUUUUAAUGUUUAAUUAAUUAACAUACUUUAUAAUUUGUUUCUGUGAAUCUGAAUUUUUAAGAGCCAUUACACCAGUCUUCAGUGUCACACAAUCCUGAAAUCAUUCUAAUAUGCUGAUUUAUUCUUAAUGUUGGAAACAGUUGAGCGGCUUUUUUUUUUUUUUUUUUUUUUUGGAACUGAUACUUUUUUUAAGGAUCCUUUGAUGAAUAAAAAGUUAAAAAGAACAGCAUUUAUUUAAAAUGGAAAUCUUUUCUAACAAUAUAAGUCUUUACUAUCACUUUUUAUCAAUUUAAUACAUCCUUGCUGAAUAAAAGUAUUUAUUUCUUUUAAACUUUGAACGGUAGUGUGUACUGUUACAAAAAUUCUUUUUAACUUUUUAUUCAUCAAAGAAUCCUGAAAAAAAGUAUCACAGGUUCCAAAAAAUAUUAAGCAGCACAGCUGUUUCCAAUAUUGAUAAUAAAUCAGCAUAUUAGUCUGCACCAAUAACCUUGUAGUUAGUGUGUCGACGUACAGCGCAACUGCGCUCACGGCGACCCGAGUUCAAUUCCCGUCUCGAGGUCCUUUGCCGAUCAUGCUCCCCUCUUUCCUCCCACUGCUUUCCUGUCAUCUCUCCUACUGUCCUAUCUACAAAAAUGCAUAUUAGAGGAAUCAAUUCUAUUUAAAGUAGGGCUGGCAAACGAUCAAUCGCGAUUAAUCGCAUACUAAUUUAAGUUUGCCUAAUAUAUAUGUGUGUACUGUGUGUAAUUAUGUAUAUAUAAAUGCAAGCACAUUCAUGUAUAUAUUUAAGAAAUAUUUACAAGUAUAUGCAUUUAUUAUAAUUUUUAUAGAAUGUAUAAUAUAUAUAAAUUAAAAUAUUUUGUACAUAAAUAAGAUUUAAAUAUAUACAUUAAUUUGUGUGUAUUUAUAUGUACAUAAUAAUUUUGUAUGCAAUUAAUCGCGAUUAAUCAUUUGACAGCCCUACUUUUAAGUAUAUUAAAAUAGAAAACUGCAAUUGCAAUAAUAUUUCACAAUAUUACUAUUGCAAUAAUAAUAUCACAAUAUCAAAUAAACAGCGUUGUUGAGCAGGAAAUGCUUCUUAAAAAAACAUUAAAAAUCUUACCGAUCCCAAACAUUUGAACAGCAGUGUAUAUAGUUAAUUUAUUUUAUUAUAGUUAAUAUUUUGAAUUAUUAUUAUUAUUUUGAUUUUUUUUUUUUUACUUUAAUAACCCUGCUGUUAGAGGGUGCACUCAACUUGUUUGGGGGAAAAAAUGACGUUCCAGGACUGAAUGUUUGGAUAAACCUAUUUGGAUGAAUUAUUAUUAUUCAAUUCAAUUUGGGUAACUAGUGAUGUAGAAAUUACACACUGCACCUUUAAUAAAUAUAAUCAUUAUAUAAACAUUUGGUAACUUUAAGAUUUACGCAGGAUAAAGACUUGGUAUGUCUAAAAAUCACAAAAAAGACACAUUGUAGCUGACUUUGUAGUUAUAAUUAGAAGUAAUCUGAUCUGAUUCAGAUAAACUGUUAUUGAAGAGACAGUGAGGUGUUAGUUCAAAUGGGAGACAAGAUGAAUUAGUAGCAAACUGUUGUCUUGUUCUCUAUGACAGUAUCUGCAUGAGACAUUAAUGUAGCACAGCAUGGACGCAGCGUUAUUCUAUUAUUCUAUAGGCUCAGAGUGAAUUGUGUUGUGUAAGUGAUCAAAGUGCAUUAUUUACAAAUGCGAAUAACAAAAUAAUAAUAACAAAAUCAUAAUCUUUCCACGCCAGUCAUAUAAGACAGGAAAAAAGACUAGCCUUGACUGAAAGAUGCCUGAACAAUGAUUUUUGUUUGGUUUAGUUCCAUAACACUGCCUCCAUACUAGUAGUUCUCUUUGCCGUGUACUUAUUUGCAAACUGCACAAUGAUUUUAUCUGUAUUAGUAAUUUUUAUAUGGAAGCACAUACGUAAGUCAGUGUGGGUGAUGGUACAUAGUUCGUUGAAGGCCAAAGGCUGUUUUUCCCUCUCAGUAAUUCACUGCCUUAUUUUAAUCUGUCAUAAUUGUAAGGGCUUCCUCUUUAGUGUUCAAAUGUGAAAAUGCCACAAUUUGUGAGUGUAUGAAAUGAGAUGUUGUAUAAAAUGAGGUGUUCGUGGAGUGAUAAGAAUGACUGACAUCGAGUCACUCAUUUAUGUUGCCAAACUACAAAUAUGCUGCUUUUGAUGUAAUUUUCAUAAUGCUGACAUGUUGUUUUCACAUCAUUAAUGAGAGAGUAGAAUGUGUUUGUGUGAAUGUGAUGGACAGCGAUAUAAUAUAUGUAUAAUGAAUCUACAGUUGAAGUGAGCUUGUACAGUAUAUGUGCACUAUGUUUCUGCUCAGGGAUCUCUUGAAUCCAGGCAAAAUGAGCAGAGCUAUACAUGCAACACUAUAUUCAGUGCCUCUUGGAGAGUAAACAAACAAAUACCUCGCAAUGCCGCAGUGACAACAGCUGUUGUAAUACAAAGGCACCUGUUUAACAAUAUACUCACUUUCAGUUCUGUAUACA